AUGACUUCAACUCAUGGCGAAGCGCGAUUAAGUUCGCCAACUAAUCGAGUUCCUGGUCAAGUAUGCUUUUACGAGGCCGAAGGAAUUGAGCAGCGCCGUGAAAAACCAACAGAUACCUCCCAGCAUGUCACACAUACCAGCUACUCUCUCCAGAAUGCAGUAGUUCCAAAUUCUACUCCUACAGCUACCGCAACUCCCCUGCCGCUUUCCUUCCAGCCGGCUAUUCAAGGAACACCAUUACCUACUGCACCCAGCUCAUCUGGUCGUCAAACGAGCACCGACCAAGCCCCCUCUCAACCCAGUUCUCUAAACACCGUGAAGGAGCCUGUGAUUGGUCAUAUGGGCCGUCUUGUAGCUGACGAUCGACAAGCACCCAUGUUUGGCGGUUCAACUACCGGCGUCCACUUCAUAAGUCAGGCUGAACAGCAGCUUCAACUUCUCCACAUGCAUAAGGAUGCACUUCCCAGCUGUGCAUAUGGCCUAUACCUCCAUAACCCUUGGGGAGCUUCAGUCCAUAGUUCUGAGUCGCCAGUGGUGGAUAUUAUCAGUCAACUUCCUCCGAACACCAUCACGAUUGUGGAAGCAACUAUAGACCGAUGGACGCCAUUGUAUCCUAUUGUUCAUAAGUCAUCGACAAUCGAUGCAAUUCAUGGGCUGCUGAGCUCGUAUCAAAGUCCAGGCUAUGAUGUUGUUAUUCUAUAUCAAACACUUGCUCUACUUGCAUUAGGAACGGUUGGACAGAAACGAGAUUGUAUACAGCAACACAAUCACUUCUUGUGUGCCUCUGAACCUUUUUAUAUGAUUUCCACUACUUUGCUUGAAAGAAUCAUUGGUCAGACAUGUUUGCAAAGCUUGCAAGGUCUGGUUAUCACCCAGCUAUAUGUUCAGUUGUCAGGGCGCUAUUCAACAGCAUCACAUAUAUCCGGACUAGCUACCCGAAUGGCUCAGACAUUGGGAUUGCAUCGACAUUCUGAUCGAUUCAAGUUCGACCCUCUGGAAACGGAACUGAGAAGGCGGGCGUGGUGGUGCCAGUAUUCUUUAGAUGCGUUCUCAAGCGCUUAUCAUGGGAUGCCGCGUCUGAUUCGCGAACAAGAUGUUGAUACCGAUUUUCCGACAAGUGUUGAUCAUAACCUCUUGUCUCGGACCCGUGUGGAAUUCCCCUUACCGGGUGAGCGAUCGCAAGUAGAUACAGCCAUUAGUCUUUUCAAGCUUGCUCGCAUCAUGGGCCGUACUCUUGAAGACCUCUACACUACAACCCGCCGCCGAGGAGGCGUUGCUAAGAUUGUACGUCUACAAGCUGAGCUCAACAUGUGGGAGCAGGUUGUCCUUGAACCUGAGCUUGAACCUGAGCCUACUACGUCGGUGACUACUAAGUCUCUAGAGGUCACGUUUUUGAGAGUUGCGCACUGCGUUGCUACAAUUCACAUACAUCGACCGGCUUUGUCUUUUACAUCUGCAGAUACCCAAUUCGUGUCAUCUCUCAAAGCAUGUGGGCAAGCUUCUGCAAAGAUUGUUGAGUUACUAUCUUCUUGUCUAGGCACGCUAGGAGCCAAUCAUGCCACAGGUCAAGUCAUGAUGGGCGACUGGCCAAAAUCUUUGCUUGUCACACUCCUCUAUCCCAAUGGAAUACAUAUGUUAUGGCAAGCAGGGUUAACAAUCCUGUUUACAGGCUGGAAAGGGUAUCCUGUAUCAGUCGAUCAAGACGAGAAUCUGAUUCAAAUGUGCAUUGCGACUCUGAGGGAGUUUCAUCGGCAUACGGAUGAUGUCGGGAACCAUAUUGGCCAGUGUGCUGACGUAUUGGAGCUACUUUGCAAGAAGGUAUUCUCUGAGUUGGAAACACUGCCUGAUCUUGAUCAGCUUCAAUGGAAUAUUUGGGAUUGGCCAAUAGCGUCAGCGCUGGAACUUGUAAAUACUCUGGACAUAAUACCCUUAGAUUUAAACUUAAAUCUAUAUUAA